ACGUCAUCGAGUCUCACACUACCCACUAAAACCCCGGUUGGUAUCAUACCUACCCAUUUUUUUGUUUCAUGCUGCGCAGCUCGUUCUUGACUUGGCUGGACAGAAUUCAAUAACACGCCAUGUCGUGCGAUACUGAUAAACGGAGCCGCCUGUCUAACCGCAGCGACAUGGCUACGGCGCAACUCGUCUGACUGAAGGCGCCAGCGCGUCUUUCUCCGGGCCGUUCCGCAGCACCUUUCAAUGAUCUUUGUAGCUCUUUAGCGCAGCCGGAGUGAUGUCUACGCCUUGAAGUACCACCAAUUUCUUCGCUGCUUCGUCAAAAUGGAUGAUGAUAUCGCUGCUCUUGUUAUCGACAAUGGUUCCGGCAUGUGCAAGGCUGGGUUCGCAGGCGACGACGCGCCUCGUGCCGUUUUCGCAUCUAUCGUCGGUCGUCCCCGUCUGCAGAAUGUCAUGGUUGGGAUGGGCAACAAGGAUGCGUACGUAGGCGAUGAAGCCCAAGCCAAGCGAGGUAUCUUGACCUUGAAGUAUCCCAUCGAGCAUGGCAUUGUCACCAACUGGGACGAUAUGGAAAAGAUCUGGCACCACACGUUCUUCAACGAGCUCCGCGUCGCCCCCGAGGAACACCCUGUGCUUCUGACAGAGGCGCCCAGGAAUCCUAAAGCCAACAGGGAGAAGAUGACCCAGCUCAUGUUUGAGACUUUCAACGUACCAGCGUUCUACGUCUCUAUCCAGGCGGUCCUCUCCCUUUACGCUACGGGCCGUACCACCGGCAUCGUCAUGGACUCGGGCGACGGCGUCUCCCAUACUGUCCCGAUCUACGAGGGCUUCUCUCUUCCCCACGCUAUCCUUCGUUUGGAUCUGGCCGGUCGGGACAUUACUGAUCAGCUGGUCAAGAAUUUGGGAGAGCGAGGGUACAGCCUAGGUAACAGCUCUGCCGAACGCGAAAUCGUUCGCGACAUUAAGGAGAAGCUCUGUUACGUUGCUCUCGAUUUUGACCAGGAGCUGGAUACGUCAAUGAGGUCUUCGGCGCUCGAGAAGGACUAUGAAUUGCCGGACGGCCAGGUUAUUACCAUCGGUAAUGAAAGAUUCCGUGCACCUGAGGCGUUAUUCAACCCUUCCAUGCUUGGAAUGGAGGCUGCUGGUAUCCACGAGACUAUGUACAAUUCCAUCUACAAGUGCGAUUUGGACAUCCGCCGUGAGCUGUACAAUAAUAUGGUCCUCUCUGGAGGCACUACCAUGUUUCCUGGUUUGCCUGAUCGCAUGCAGAAGGAGAUGACUGCUUUGGCUCCGACUAGUGUCAAGGUUAAAGUUGUUGCCUCUCCUGAGAGGAAAUACUCCGUCUGGAUUGGCGGCUCUAUCUUGGGGUCGCUUAGUACGUUUCAGAACAUGUGGAUCUCCAAACAGGAGUACGACGAAAGUGGACCUAGCAUUGUCCAUCGCAAGUGCUUCUAAACCCCUCGACCUGACUAACGGGCUUCCUAUAUGUAGUUAAGUAUACUUCAGCGUGUUCAUGCAAUAUUGUUUGCCGUUAUGUUCUGAGAAGAUGAACCUAGUAGUUGGCUCUGUAUUUAUGUCACAGACUACGGAACAAUGAAUAGUU